AUGUCUCGGCCUGUCAGAAAUAGGAAGGUCGUUGAUUAUUCACAGUUUCAGGAAUCUGAUGAUGCUGAUGAAGAUUACGGAAGAGAUUCGGGUCCUCCAGCUAAGAAAAUUCGAUCAUCUCCACGAGAAGCUAAAAAUAAAAGGCGAUCUGGGAAGAAUUCACAGGAAGAUAGUGAAGACUCAGAAGAAAAAGAUGUGAAGACUAAGAAGGAUGAUUCUCACUCAGCAGAGGACAGUGAGGAUGAAAAGGAAGAUCAUAAAAAUGUGCGCCAGCAACGGCAGGCAGCCUCUAAAGCAGCUUCUAAACAGAGAGAGAUGCUCCUGGAAGAUGUGGGCAGCGAAGAAGAACAGGAAGAAGAGGACGAGGCGCAGUUCCAGGAGAAAGAUUCCGGCAGCGAUGAAGAUUUUCUAAUGGAAGACGAUGAUGAUAGUGAUUAUGGCAGUUCAAAAAAGAAAAACAAAAAGGUGGUUAAGAAGUCCAAACCUGAGAGAAAAGAAAAGAAAAUGCCCAAACCCAGGCUAAAGGCUACAGUGACGCCAAGUCCUGUGAAAGGCAAAGGGAAAGUGGGUCGCCCCACAGCUUCAAAGGUGUCAAAGGAAAAGACUCCUUCUCCCAAAGAAGAGGACGAGGAGCCGGAGAGCCCCCCGGAGAAGAAAGCCUCUGCCAGCCCUCUGCCCGAGAAGUCUGGGGACGAAGGGUCUGAAGAUGAAGCCCAGUCUGGGGAGGAUUAA